AUGAGCCUCAUACCACACUUCCUCUACGAUAUCCUCAGACGCCUCAUGCCGCCCAACCCCGACGAAGACCCAGAGCUGCCCUCCGCACUCGCCGAUGAGACCCUGCACGACAUCUAUCCAUGGAAGCGUGCCGUCACAAUCCAUUAUUAUGACCGCAAGACAAUGCUAGAGUCCCAGGUUACCCGGAUCGACUGGUACAAGAGCGAACAUGCGUUCAAGCAUGAGUAUCUCAAUGUUACUCUCCUCCGCCCUGAGCGGCCAGUGUCGUAUCUCCGUAUCGAGCGGCGGCCCUCGAGCGUUCGGGAUAUUCGGGAGAAUGCAGUUUCUGAGGAGGACAUAUCGGCCUUCACGAAAGCAGAGAGGAAGAAGUUCAGGAAGGAUAUGAAAUUAGAGGAAGCAGACCUGAAGAUGUUGGCACACACCGGGAAGAUGUCCUCGCUGACAGGACUCCAGCUCUCCAUCGACGCAUCCAAAACCGUUUCUGGUGGACAGAGGGCAGCAUCCGACACAGUGGCCCACGUUUCACGGCCCAGCGGCGUCCGAGCAGAGGAAAAACACAAAUCUCCGAAACUUGUCGCUUCAUACCACUCCUUCAACCCGCCCUUCCCCCUCCGCGAUCUGGCCCUCAUCGCAGACAUUGUGCACCGUCGGGAUAUCAAGUACCAGCUGCUCUUGAAGAACUGCUACUGGUAUGCAGACACACUCAUGGGCCUGGUCAGGAAUCUGUACAUGCCGACGAUCGAAAGUGGUGGGGGGUACCUGGAUGCUGGGCAAUAUUUGGGCAAGCGGGUGAUUUUCCAGUCGCAUCAAGAUACUCACGAUGUAUUGAGCCUUGUACCUGUCGUUACGGAAGCUAGGAGUGCACAUGACAGAUAUCUGGUUGAAAAGGAGGAGCAAAAUAACAGAGCAGACAGAGAGGCCACGCGUGCAGACGAGGCCGAGCGGCGUGUAGGCGAGGUUGAGCAGCGUGCAGACAAGGCCGAGCGGCGUGCAAAUGAGGCCGAGCAGCGUGCAAACGAGGCUGAGCAGCGUGUAGAGGAAUUGGCGCGUCAGUUGCAGGGUGCCAGAGCGGUAUCUUCCAAUGUAGGUUGA